AUGCUGAAGCCGGAGGAUGUGUUGGCCGACGAGUUUGUUAGAGCAGGAUUGGGUCUGGAGUUUCCGAAUGGAGAGGAUGGGGAACCAGUGGUUACUAUAGGGCAGGAGGUGUUGGAAGUCAUGAAUGGGAUCUGGAAGCAGUGUAUGAUCGUGAAGGUGCUAGGGCGUAAUAUUGCGAUCUCGGCGCUGAGUAGGAAGCUAAGAGAGAUGUGGAAACCAAAGGGUGCGAUGUACAUGAUGGAUCUCCCUCGUCAAUUUUUUAUGAUUCGCUUCAAAGAGGAGGAGGAGUAUAUGGCAGCACUGACCGAAGGUCCUUGGAGGGUGUUUGAGAACUAUCUCAUGGUACAAGCUUGGUCACCAAGUUUUGACCCCACUCAGGAUGACAUUGAUACUACACCAGUAUGGAUUUGGCUGGCAAACAUUCCGAUUAACUUUUAUCACAAAUCAAUACUGAUGGGAACUGCGAGAGGGACGGAAAAACCAAUCAAGGUGGAUCUCACUACGUUGCAUUGUGAACGAGCUCGGUUUGCUCGGGUUUUCGUUGAAGUGAAUUUGAGGAAGCCGCUAAAAGGCACAAUGCUUAUCAAUGGGGAGAGAUACUUUGUGUCAUAUGAGGGAUUGUCAAGCAUAUGUUUGAAAUGUGGUCUGUAUAGACAUCUAGUACACUCUUGCCGACAGGGAAGGCAAGAGAUUGUUUCACAUGUAGAAGUGGCAGCACAUGAAAAAACAACUAAUGGUAAAUGCAAGUCCGGAGGGGAAUGGUCUAGAUGA